CACCACUGAAACCACCACAGUCAAAGUAACCCAGAAAAAUAAAAAAUUAAUUAAAAGACUUUUUAUUUGGCAGCAUUUGCCACGUCAUUUUCCAGAUGUCUGAAUUACCAACGGCUAGAUCUCCUCCAUGUCAUCCCAAAAGAAUCCAUUCUCUUUAUUCCUCCCCUUUUUAAAAAAAGAACGAUUCCAUUUUUCACACACAGUCACACACCAGAGAACAAAAAAAAUGGUGGAAGUAGUUGUUGGACUUGGGAGUGGAACACAGUCAAGCUGCCGGAUUCUACUUUUACUUCUGUUUGCCUUCUUGUUCUUUUCCUCUUCUUCGUUUUCUAUCUCUGUUUCAGAUGGCAAUUGGGUUGAUAAUGAUGAUGCUUCCAUUUUGUUAGCUUUCAAAUCUUCUUCCGAUUCUGCAAAUUCACUGAAUUCAUGGUCCAAUUCCACCACUUCCAGCUUCUGUUCUGCAUGGCUCGGGGUCACGUGCAACCCGACGACUCUCCGGGUCACGAAGCUGGCUCUCGACAACUUGAACUUAACCGGGUCGGCCCAGAUUCUGUCCCGGCUCAGUCAUCUCCGGCACCUGAGCCUCCACCACAACCACCUCUCCGUCACCCCCAAUUUCACGACCACCUGGCCUAACCUUAAGCACCUUUACCUCUCUCAUAACCACUUCACCGGCGAGUUCCCUCCCGGCAUUUCCAAUCUCCGAAACCUCCGCCGCCUCGACCUUUCCUACAAUGACUUUUCCGGCGAAAUACCGGUCGCCGAGUUGAGUCGCCUGGCUCACUUGCUCACUCUCCGGCUCGAAUCCAACUGGUUCAACGGUUCCCUCGGUUCAGGCAAUUCGUCUCUGAAGUCACUGUUGGACUUCAAUGUCUCCGACAAUGGGCUCUCCGGAAGGAUCCCAAUUUGGCUGUCGAAGUUUCCCGCCUCUUCGUUCGCUGGAAAUUCCCAUCUUUGCGGCAAGCCAUUGCUAUCUGACUGUUCACUAAAACCAGAGAUACCCAACCCGAAUGCCGGAAGGGGGCCGUUACCCAUCGGAGUCACCGACGUGAAAAAGAAAAAGGGAUCCAAGAACAUAACCCUUCUGAUGAUCAUUCUGAUAGAUGCGAUCGGACUAACGCUAAUUCUUUCCGUGAUUGCAUGCUGUUGUUAUUACAAGAGGAGACACAGUCGCAAAAACAGAGAAGCGAAGAAGAAACCGACAACGGGGACAACCACCGGGAGAGCGUACAGUACUCCGAUUGGCACCACCCGGGCCCACGCCGGAGGGGAAAUGGUCUGUUUUGAGGGAUGCAAGGGAUUUACCAAGGUGGAUGAGUUGUUGAAAGCUUCAGCUGAGAUGUUGGGAAAAGGAAACGUGGGGACCACUUAUAGGGUGGCGCUGGACCAGGGUGAGGUGGUGGUGGUCAAGAGGGUCCGGGAGAAAGUAUGGAGGAUUAAAGAUGUGGAUGGGUUCUUGAAUGAGAUUGGGAAAUUAAGGCACCCAAAUGUUGUUAGCCUCAGAGCCUAUUAUUCUUCCAAGGAGGAGCUGCUUUUGGUCUAUGAUUAUCUCCAGAAUGGGAGCCUUCACAAUCUCUUGCAUGGAAAUCGCGGACCUGGAAGAACGCCUCUAGAUUGGCCUGCGAGAUUGAAAAUUGCAUUAGGAUCUGCAGGAGGCCUUGCUUUUCUGCAUGGGUAUCGAACAAAAUCGAAGCUCUACCAUGGGCAUUUCACAUCAUCAAACGUAAUCAUAGACGAUCAGGGAAAUCCAUGCAUCUCUAACAUUGGCUUGCACCAAUUACUGCAAGUUCAAUCCUCCACGAACAAUGCUUACAAAGCUCCAGAAUUGCUUCCGGCAAACCAUGCUGCCGGUAGUAAGUACUCGCAGAAGUGCGAUGUUUACAGUUUCGGGGUGGUUUUGUUGGAGAUUCUGACCGGAAAAAUGGCAACAAGUGAAGGGGAAACAAGUUUGGUGAAGUGGGUUCAGCGUGUUGCUCGUGAGGAAUGGACGUGGGACGUGUUUGAUUUCGAGCUGGUGAGACAUAAAGAGAUGGAAGAGGAAAUGAUGGCAUUGUUGGAAGUAGCAAUUCUUUGCUUGGCUUCAUCCCCAAAAGAUCGUCCCAAAAUGAUUGCUGUGCAGAAGAUGAUUCAAGACAUAACAACAAAAAGGGGAGAGGGAAUUAGGCCUUUUUCUCUUUGAAUUUAGGUUCAAAACUAUGCUUUAAUUUUUAAGUUCAAACUCAGACAAUUGAAUUCUCAUGUGUGUAUAAAGAUAGGAUUGUUUUUUCUAUUUGUUUUGUCCUCUGUAGUUUGCUUACUCUCCCUUUCGGAUUUUUCCUAUGCCUUAUAAUUAAGAUCAGAGGAAUCUCAUUGUGGUAUUGAAGAGGACUCCUUGUCAUUUCAACGACAAACAAAACCAAACAUUUUGAAGAUUAGGGGACCUCAUGAAGUUUUGUCUUUGUAACAACCAUCUUAAACCCACUUGUGGCUAAUGCGCAACAGACAUUUCCUUCGUAAUGUGAAAAAGUCGCAAUACGUUGGGACGAUCUUUGAUGUACAUUCAAUAAUAAAUAUAUGAUGAAGGGCCAGGCUCACCAAAUUCCAG